GAAUCUUACAAAAAGACAGCGGACUCUUCCUGCAUGAAAAUAAGGGCGUGGUUUAAUCCCCCUCAGGCACACACCUGUAACCGAAAACGAUUAAAGGACGCUGCUGGCGGCGUCCGUUUUAAUCUACAGCUCAGAUUACAAAAUGGUACAACAAGCACACGAAGCAAGCGAUGACAUUUCCCCCCAGGCUGGACCUAGCGAGGUGGAAAAUCACAUGCUGUCUGACAUCGGCAUGAGUGUGAGAUCUGCUCAGCAGAUCGGCCGUCAGCUGGCUCAGAUUGGCGAUGAAAUGAACAGCAGGUGGAGUGAAAAGCUUCGUAACCAGUGGCCACAACAUCAGCACUGGCAGGGAUAUGGGAAUGUGUUGAACUUUGCAGCUAUGAAUGGCAGGAUCGUUGGACGUCUCCAGUGGUCCAGGAUCAUGCCAAUGGUCAGGGCAUCCUGGGUGGUUCCUCAGCUGCACAGUCAGGCCUGCCAGACAGCUAUAAAGUGGAUGAGCUGGGUCUGCAACUUGCACUUUCCUGACUGGUCUGGGAGGACCAAGGGUUUCCUGGCUUCAGCUCUCUUGCUGGUUGCUGCAGCUGCCUUCACUGCAACCUGGAAAAUGUCUGAGAGUUAGACAGUCCCCCCAGACAAGAGCCAAGAGCAGGUCUUGGGCUCAGUAAAAAAUCAUGAGUGUUUUUUUUUUUUUUUUAAUAUAAUUUUUAUAUGAUUCUUUUCUAGCUGACUGUAAUAGAAGUGCUGGUUCACACUGAAGUUUUUGUAAGUUGUUUGAUACUGUUGCUGGUUUACAGAAGGGUCUGUUGCUGGUUAAUUGGGCCAUAUUUUCUUACCUCUUCCUAUACAGGCAUUUCUGCCCUACUUAAGGAAGCUGGACUUUCAAUUUCAAAUUUUCCAAAUAAUAUUUGAAAUAAACAAUAAAUAUAUACUUCAAA